UGCUGGUGUUUUUAUUUCAGGCAUAAAAGUGAAGAGUUUGUCAACAAAAAAACGCUUUGCAGUUUGCUGAACAUGUGGAUACACGGAUUACCGACAGAAACUCAACAACGACCAACUUUAUCUGACUCUAGGAGCAGCAGAAUCGGGGUUGUUGGAGAGUGUCCUGGCUUCUGUUGGGCAAAGGCGAGAUACACUCUGAACAGGUCGCCAGCUUGUCACAGAGCCCAUGGAACUGGAGUGAUCACACCUGCUAAGCCAGCAAGCUGCCCGGUUAACGGGGUAGCGAGCUAUCAAGCUAGCACUGCCCAGGAUCUGCCGGAGCUAGCAAAGUUCUUGGGCAGCGAAGACUGCUAUGCUGUCCUGCCGGCUGACCAGCAAACGGAGAGCCAUCAAGGGUCCCGCCAUGGCAAUGGAGGCCUUGUUCAUUUCUUUGACUGUGAUCCAUGGACUCUCAUUUCGAGCUGCUCUGCUGCCCACGGGAGCUCUAUGCCAAACCAGUGGGCCAGUGACCAUAGCCCGGGCUGGCGUCCAACAAGGCAUCCUGGAGAAAUGAGUAGGCUUCAGAGUCCUUGUGUUGGAGCAGAAUGUCAGCUGCUUGGAGCCUGUGGACGUGGACGUUGCUGUUUUGACCGGACCUGACCUUGUGAACACUCACCUGCUGUCCGUCUCCUUCUCGACUUCAAAAUGAAUCUCUUUCAGCUAAACUCCGCUCCUGCUGCCCACCAGGAUCAAAGACAACAAAACGGAUGGAAAAAGAAAGGAAGGAGUGGAAGCAAGUGACAGAUGUAGAGGACUUCAGAUGUGUCCCCUGCCAGCCGCGGAGCCCCUUCAGUCCCAGCAUGGAUUCCAUAAGUCAGAACGACAGCGAUGGGGGAGGAGGGCGCCGCGAGUUGGAGAGCACGCUGGGUGACGGUGAUAGAGGCCAGCUCCAGAGCGUCGCCCCUUCGCCAGACUCAAUGCGUUCUCAAACAGUACUAUCUCUGGAUCAGAUCAGGAUAACCAGGAGCAGCAAUGACUACACCGAUGGGCCUUCUGCUGCUCAGCAGCGCCAACAGAAGAGCGACGUCGUUCCACCACCUGGUUCAAGGACAGGCGAGCAGCAGGCGACCCAGGAAGAGAGGUCUCAAAACCACCGCAACCUCCAUUCCUUGACACGUCACGUAGACAGAAAUGGUUCCGUCUCCUCUGUGGAGGAAUUGCAGGGCAGCGGUAGGACCAGCAUGGGAAGCACUUCUUCGGCUCACAGAUCGAAUGGCCAAGGCAGCGUCGAUCAGAUAAUCAGAAUCCAGCCCAAACGCUCUUCCAAGCUGAACCAGGAGGAGCUGAAGCCCUUACACGGUGGCUUCACAGAGAUGGUGACCAUGCCGGGCAAUGCAACCUCUAAACUUAAAGGCAUACACUCCAGCAAAUGCACCCACUGCGGUCGGUGCACAUGCCCCGAGUGCACCAGCCCAAGGAUGCUCCCAUCCUGCUGGAUGUGCGGUCGGCGGUGCGUGUGCUCGGCGAGGAGCGCGGUUGAGUACUGGACGUGCGCUUGCUGCGUCAAGGCGCUUUUCUACCACUGCUCCAGCGAUGACGAAGACACUUGUGCGGAUAAACCCUUCUCGUGUUCGCAGUCGCACUGCUGCGUCCGGUGGACCGCCGUGUCCCUCCUCUCUUUGUUCUUCCCGUGUCUGCUGUGCUACCUCCCGGCUAAAGGGUGCGUAGCCUUGUGCCAGAGCUGCUACGACCGAGGCGCCCGGCCCGGCUGUCGAUGCAAGAACGCAGCCGAUUUGAGCCAACGGAGACAAAGCUGUUGAUGGACCGACUCAACACUGACUGACUGAACCAACAUAGAGAUUAGAGCCAUCUAAUGAAAUUCAUUCUUCACCCCUGAAUUAGGAGUUUACUUUCCAACCAAAAGGGCUAUGAACUCUUCUAGUGUCCUCAAAAAUAUGUCCGUCUCACCCAAGUGCCCCAAUAGUGACGUUGCUAAUGAAGUCCAAACUGAUGGCCUUGUUUUUAACACUUAAUCUGUUUUUUGUGUGCUAAGAGCAGACUCCUUCUACUAACUGUUUGUAAAGUAGGACAUUAGAAGCUGACUGGGACAGAUGCUUUUAUUUUUGUACAUACAGGAAAACUUCAACUGUGAAGACUGCCCCAAAGAGGCAGAGCCACAUUUCUAUGAAUCAGUCACUCGAUGCUCUUACAGUCACUGGAGUCUAUGUCAAUCAUUUUUUUUUCCCUUUCUGGUGUAAAUUGUACAGCAAAAAAUUUAUUUUCUAAUUCCAACAUUGCCUAGUGUAAAGUUAAAAAUAUAUAUUUAUUUGAAGGUUUUAUUAUUUUAUAAUGGAAAAAAAAUAUUUAUUUUGGAAAAAAAGUCACCUCUUUAGGGGCUCCUCUGCAGACAGGAGUCUCAAAGAUGGAUGAAAAGUUCACUAUGGAUUAGACAACAAAUAUAUUAACGUUUGAAAUUAAACAGCCUUGAAGUCUGA